AUGAAGGGAGAUCCUAACAAGCGCAAUAGGAACAAGUAUUUCCGCUUCCACAAAGAUCAUGGGCAUGACACAAACGAGUGUUUUGAUUUGAAACAACAGAUAAAAAAUAUCACCAGGCAAGGAAAAUUAAGAAACUUCCUUGGACGAGAUCACAAGGACGAGAAGUUGAAAGGAAAAGUAGAAGAAUCGUCACGACCCCUGCUUGGAGAAAUAAGAGUUAUCAUAGGAGGAACUUCAACAGGACAAUCUUCUAAGUCAAGGAAGACAUACCUGAAGAUAAUGCAAAACAUCCAGCUUUCUGGACGAUCCCCAAGGACGAGGGCAAUGGACGAACAGGCCAUCACAUUCACGGAUGAAGAUGAUGAAAGGGUUCACCACCCCUAUGACGACGCGAUCGUCAUCACUUUGCUUAUUGCUGACUAUACAACUAGAAGGGUGUUGGUGGACAAUGGAAGUUCGGCGAACAUCUUGUAUUAUCCUGCUUUCCAGCAAAUGAGGCUUGGAGGAGAUCAACUUCAUCCAGUGAAUUCGCCCUUGGUAGGGUUUGGAGGAAUAAAAGUGUAG